GCUCGGUUCGCUGUCAGUUGGCAAGGAGAGUUGAAAGAAAGUGUUAAACACGGUCCCACGGACGGCCAAGUGCAAUCGAUUGCCCUGUGUGUUGUACAACAGCUGAAUAACUUUUUUCAUCUUGGUUUGUGAUUGUUGGUUUUUAACUGAUUAUCAAUAUUAAGGCAGGUUGGUGUAAUUUAAUCCCUUGAUUUAUGAAAAAUGAUAGCGAAUAUGCGAAAACCGAAGAAAAAGUGUCCGAAUGUUACGAAAGAAGACAGUGAAAAGUGAUAAUAAGUGCAAGGAAAAAGAGUUGCAUUCAUUUUGUGUUUUAUUUUCCUGCUUGAAACAUAAGAAGGCCAAACUGCACAGAUCUAUGGGAAGAGCGUGAAGAAAAUUUCCUUUGUUGUCGCAGUUGGCCCGUCGUCUGUGUUUCAUUUUGCUCUCUUCCGGAAGUUCUUAUAAACAUUAUCGAUUCGUGUGUGUUGUGUGCGCCUGCUGUUCUACUUUUUCUGCUGGGCUGUGAUGCUGGCAGUGGGAACUGGUCGUAAAUAAUUUAACACACGGUAAAUUUUCAGUGCAAGGCCCGCGUUCGCAUAGGUGUUCUUUGGUUUGGAUUCUGUAUAGUGCUAGUGCAGAGACUGAGCAUCUCAACAGCCGAGGAAACUUCAAACCAGUUGGAUUGAGCAAUCAACAAUAAUGCAAUUGGUGUGAUGGUGCAAUUGGCCGCUGCUUCUUGUGAAACCCCACAGCGACGCCAACGACAACCACGACGACGGUGACGGUGAACGGCUACGAAGGCAACCGAUGGUGAGCGGGUAAAUUUGUGUUGUGCACAUCGGAUUGGUAGGCUAUAGCUAUACAUUGAGCACCGAUCGUAAUAAUCUCAAUACGUCACGAUCUAUUGGAGUCUGUGCGCUGAAUUUGAAGUGUACUGGUGCUCUGGUGUAGACUGGUCAACCAGCGCUGGAGGCGGCAAGAUGAUGAUGAUGAUUAAAAUGGAGCAAAAGUAGAGUGCAAAGGCGAGCAGAAGGCAGAGAAGAGUUGAUAUUUUUGAAGCUUUUGGGGGCUUCGAUGAUCUGUGUAAUCACAGCCAAGUGAGUGGAUAUAAUGUGCUGAAAUAACAAAAGAAAAAAUAUAGAUGAGAAAAAAAUAUGAUGAAAGAGAAGUUUUUUCCGAUGAAGAGAGGUCGACAGUGAAGUGAAGAGAAUAAUAACUUGUGGGGAAGAAAGGGCGACCAUUGAGUUUUUAGUGUCGGCGGAUCGACAGUACAGAGUACAUGGAAUAAACUGUUUAUACUGAUUCUUAAAUCAAAGCCUUUUGCCACCACAUCUACACCCCUUGACACACUUCAAAAAGGUAAAGCUUUCGUCCGUAAUUGGUAUGAAUACAAACCUGCAACUGGUUCAUCAGGUCGCUGCAACGUAACAGAAAUCUAGACUUUGCUAUUCAAUCAGUGCGAGUAUAUUCCGAAGGAUGCUGGAACUUGUGCAGCGCCAUUUGAAAAAUAACUCCAACAAACAAAUUCAUACCGCCAGCUGUUUUGACCUGUUCCAUACAUAGUGCUGACCAGGGACAGUGGAGCAGAGGCGUUUUCGUGUGUCGACGAUUCUAGUUUACAUCCAAAUGAAGAUGACAUCCUCAAACACCACGGCAAACGACGGAGGGUCGUCGAACAAUAACGCACAUCGGAAAGGUCACAGACGGAAUGAGUCUAUGUACGCGAUGACAGGCCUGUACUCGGAGGCCCAAACCGACGACAGCAGUGCCGACAUCCCCCAGGAUACCGAGACGGAGUCGUUACCGGUUUCGGUGAACACUGCCACCAUGGAUACCGUGGUCAAGUGCCACAGCCGGCAGCCCUCAAACAGUGUCAUGAUGAUGGAACGCGAUAAACCUCUGCCGAAUGUGCUGCUCAGUAGUGAGGACUUCACCCGCGAUUGUGGGAUUCUGAGCUGUCGACCUUUGCCACUGCAGAAAUUCGCCAGGAUUAAAGUGUUUGUGUUACUGCUGUCCAUCCUGGUGACCCUACAGCAGGCACUGAGUUCCGGGUACAUUAACUCGGUUAUCACAACCAUCGAGAAGCGGUUUGAGAUUCCCUCGAGUCUGUCCGGUCUGGUGGCAUCGAGCUAUGAGAUCGGAAAUGUUAUUACUGUUAUUUUUGUUAGUUAUCUUGGCAGUCGUAGGCACAUUCCGGUGUGGAUUGGGAUCGGUGCGGUAAUUAUGGGUAUCGGUUCAUUGGUUUUUAUGAUACCCCACUUUUCCGGUGAACCCAAUCCUGGUGUAAUGCUUGACAAUAAGACCGCCGACAAUAUUUGUCGGCUUCUAUCGGUGCGAGAGCAGGAUAUGGGCCUGGGGCGGUUAUCCAAUAGCCUCUCGAACCCUCCGCUGACUACACAUAAUCUCAGGGGCGACAACUGCCUGAAGAGCAAAGCGUCCACGUUCGGGCCGGUGAUACUGUUCGUGAUAGCGCAAAUCCUGCUCGGCGGGGGCGGAAGUCCACUAUUCACACUGGGCACAACCUACGUCGAUGAUCACGUGCGGAAGGAAAGUUCUUCCAUGUAUAUAGGUGCAAUGUACAGUAUGGCUGCUUUCGGGCCUGUGUUAGGUUUCUUACUUGGAGCGUAUCUGCUUUCGUUCCAUAUGGAUUCGUUCUCCGGCAGUGAUAUUAAUAUAGAUCCCGAUGACCGCCGGUGGGUGGGCAUGUGGUGGGGUGGCUUCCUCGUUUGCGGAAUCCUACUAAUACUAGUGGCAAUUCCAUUUUUCUCUUUCCCGAAGGUUCUCACCAUGGAAAAGAAGAAAAUUCGAAUCGCUGAGCAGAAACUGCCUCAGCUGCAGCAAUUAUCGGCCAACAAUUCCAGUAGUUUGUCCCGGGCACAGCAAAAUCAAUCACAGCAACAACAGCAGCAGCAGCAAAACCAUACGCAUAACCAACAGCAAUCUGGGAACGGAAGUGGUGGUCAGUCAGGAGCGAACAAGUCAAACGAGGAUACCGGAUAUGGAAAGGAUAUUAAAGACAUCCCCCUGUCAAUGUGGCGUCUAGUAUCCAACCCGGUGUACAUUGUGACCUGUUUAGGAGCCUGUAUGGAGCUGAUGAUUGUAUCUGGUUUUGUGGUAUUUCUGCCAAAAUAUCUAGAGACGCAAUUUAGCCUGGGGAAAAGUCAGGCCAGUGUCUUCACUGGCUCAAUUGCUGUCCCGGGAGCAUGCAUUGGCAUUUUCAUUGGUGGCUGUAUUCUAAAGCGAUUUCAGCUUAAACCGAAGGGAGCAGUUCAAUUUGUGCUGGUGUCCAACCUAGUGUGUCUGUCGUGCUACGGGCUGUUGUUUUUCCUCGGAUGCGAAAAUCUGAAAAUGGCCGGAACCACCAUACCCUAUUACAACAGCUCUCCGGCACACAGUGUGGAACCUUUCCAGGUGAAUCUAACCGCAGCAUGCAAUUUUGGAUGCGAGUGUCACAUGUACGACGUCGAACCGGUCUGCGGCAACAACGGGCUCACGUAUUUUAGUCCAUGUCACGCUGGUUGUACGGCAUUCUCCUCCAGCUCUAACUACACCAACUGUGCAUGUGUCCAAACAAAUGUAACCCGGGUGUACACCGGUGCCGAAGGAGCUCAGGCUCAGGCUCUGAACGCGCAUGAAAACUUUGCCGAAGUAACCGUAGUUCCUGUGGCCACUGCCGGCGUCUGCAAUAAACCAUGUCGGACGAUCUAUCCGUUCCUGAUACUGCUAUUCUUCAUGACGUUCGUUGUCGCCUCCACGCAGAUGCCUCUUUUGAUGAUAGUUUUAAGAUCGGUCUCCGAGGAAGAACGCUCUUUUGCGCUUGGAAUGCAGUUUGUGAUAUUCCGCUUGUUCGGUUAUAUUCCUGCACCGAUCGUCUUUGGGAAUCUAAUCGAUUCGUCUUGUCUGUUGUGGAAGUCAACAUGCGGAGAGAAAGGCGGUCGCUGUCUGAUUUAUGACAUCGAGAAAUUUCGUUAUAAGUAUGUCGGCCUUUGCGCAAGUAUCAAAAUUAUUGCUCUAGCUAUCUUCAUUGUUGACUGGUGGUUGGUACGACGGAGGAAAAAUAUGGACAAACUGAAUCCACUAUCAGCAAAUGAAAUGGUCGGAUCGAUUAUUAGCUUGGAUAAAUUGUUCGAAGAAAAGGGUAUUAUUGAAAAUCAGACAAUUCCCUUCAAUGGUGAAUGCGUGUCAGGUGAUUCGAUUGGAGACAACAGUAGCAAACGGAUAUUGAUAGCAAGUCGACAUCUGCGGAAUGAUUCCAAAUCGAUCCAGCUGGAGUCUAGGUACGACGACGUUCCGCCCCAGCCUUACAAGCGGCAACGCAAACAUAUUCGCAGCAAUUCGUGCGACAUCAAAAUUCAACGCUCCAACUCUGCCACUAACCGGGAGACCGAUUUUCAUGACUGGAAGCUGAAGCGUUUCAUGCGUCACCAUACGCGAAACAACUCACGGGACCUCGAUCAGGAGCAUACUGGCACAUCCCAACAGAGUCGCUGGAUUGCUCCACAAGGCAACAGUGAACAGCCGGCGUCAAACAUCAAGUACAUUUUAAACCACUUGAAAAAUAAUAACGUGGAAGGGCACAACAAAUUGAACUACAGCAACAGUGGCAGUGGUGCGCACAGUGGACACUGUGCUGCUCCAAAGAAAAAGAGACACACGAGGAACUACUCCUACGGCCAGGAGUUUUCUUUUCUGCCAAAUAAUUGCAUUAUCCGCUUAGAUAAUGAUAUUGCAAACAAGUUCCUGUCAAAUACUGCUGGCGGAAGCACUUCGAGGAAAAGUUCGGUGACACACGAUGUCAAUCUGUUGAAGAAUAUGACUAAAUUGAACAACAUGAACGAUCUGAACGAGGAGCUGGAAUCCAAGUAUGCGAAAGGAUCGUCUAACAGUUAUGGACAUUCGAGAAACAACUCCAAAGACUUGAAUCUGCUAAACGUACAGAGUACCGGGGAGAGCAGUGGGAUUCUCGGUGGUAUCAAAACUCUAAUCGAAGAUUCGAACAGUAUCCUUAGACAUAGGCGAGCAAACUCGAAAGAUCUGAAAUACAGCGGCUACCAGCCGUGUGAACCUGUUGGCGGUGCCAACAGUUGUAGUGUAAGUAACAAUGCCAUCAGAAAAAUGUCCACCGGCGAUGGGCAUCAACAUCAUCUGCAUCAUGGGCACCCUUCGGUUCCCGGCGUGGCUGGAUAUAUGCCUUCGGCCAGCGGAAGUAGCCAAACGGAAUCUCUCCAGCUCCUGUUGGACAAAUCCACAAAAAUCCUCGAAACACACGGUGGUAUCAGUACUGAUAGUUGUUCAACGUCAACCAAUGUUUAGCCGGCUGCAGUUUGGGUCGCCAGCGUAAGGUCUGCUCUGUCGCGUGCUUGCUUACAUUAGUAGACACAACGUAACGGAUAUGUCGAACGGAGUUGAGGUGCCAUAAUGCCAUACAAUGUCCGUGUUUUUAGUAGACUGUCAUUUUCCUGAAGCUCCGAAGACUUCGCUUCUUGCUGUUUGCAAGCAGCGUUCGAGUAAAUCAUUCCUCUUUUGGUAGGUGGUAUCCGCAGCGUUCACUUUUCGAUUCACUCAGUCUGUGCACAACGCCAGAAGCUUCGAAUGGUUUCAGCUAACAGGGAGCAAUUGUGCUUGGCGCAUAUGCGGAUUCGAUGUAGUUCAACCACCCCCCGUAGCUUAGUUAGAUAUUGUUAGAAUCCGAGACUGCAUUUUUAUACGAUAGAACCUAGUUUUGCGUGGAUAGUGGAAUGAAAAUAUUUAAAAAGUUUAUCUUAUUUAACAUUUCGUUUAUACUGAAUACUCAGUGUAUACAAAUCAUACACUUAUCUUAUGUAGUUUCGAUUCUUUUUAGCUAUUUUCGCUGGCUGGGAUUUGGUUCUCAUUAACCUGGUACCCGAGACUAUUUGCUCAAAGUCAAACGGGAAGGGGUCGACUCAAAUUUUUGUUUGUUCAAUUUUUACCUUUUUAGUGAAGUUUUAGAAAUCACGUGAACAGGUCGUAUUGCUCUAUCUUCUCAAUUUCGGUUUAACUGUCUCAUUAGCACAUUAUUUGUUAUUCAAUUUUAAAAAAGAUUACGUUCAGUCAAUUCUUUUUUUUUUUUGAUUGUGUGUAAGUAGUAGUUGAACUAAUGGGAUUUUCGUUUUUGAGAGUGCACACGCUCAAUCAAACUUGUGCCAGUGGGUGUAAUCAGUCUAUUUCUUGUUUAGCACUACAGCAGUUUUGUACCAGGUAAAAUUGAAAAUACUACAAAAUAAUUAAAAAGUCAGUGAUAAUUGUUUACCUGACUCGAAAAUCGAAUGGUUGCUGGAUGUUAUUCCUGUACCUUCAUGUUCAAAAUAGAAUACUAGACUAGACUAGACUGAGGUUUGCCUCUAGGACACGUCUCUAGUAUUUUACAAAAGCUGCAGUUAAUUGUGGUACUGCAUUUUUUGGCUUGUUCUAACAAAUGAGCUGGUUAUGCUUUAAAUAAGCGUCCAUAUCCUACAUGCCACUAUCAAAGUAUCCGGUAAUGCUCUUUCCUUUCAUGUCUCCAGACCUAAUAAAAUUAUGUUCAUCCCAAUUUUCUGCGCAAAUCAGUAUAGUCAAAGUAUUGUCCGUUAAUAGUAGUGAGAAGUCCUCUGUUCCAAACAUAGAUGUAGCAAAGACUGCGUCAGACAGCACGAAGCGAAUCGUAAAUAAGCCGCAGGAAACUAGUGAUGUAAUGGAAUAAUAAGGCAAUAGAGAACAAGACGUAACAUACAAAAUAAAACAAAAAUAAUUGAGAAAAAACAAACACAAACAACCUUCCAAGUAUUCCUAAAUGAAAAUAAAAUAAACUUUUAGUGAAACAAAUAAAUUUUAUAAGAUACGGCUAGAUGACUCCAGUCAUCGCUAGUACUAGUUAUAAACGAAAUGUAGAACAAAAUUAAUUGCCUAAUUUAUUGAACAUGCGAGAUCAGCACCACCCUUGCGAGGAAUUCAAGAAAAAAGAGAGAGAAAAAGAUAAAAAAUAAUAAAACUAAACAGGAUUUAAACAAAAUAAAGAACACAAUAUUUUUAUAUCAAUUCCUAUUGAAGCAAAACAACAAAAUGCAACUAAUUGUUAUACAUUAUUGAAGGCAAACAAUAUUCACUGCUGCUUCUAAACAAACAAAUGAAUCUGAAGGCAGAAAUUUAUAACACUAUUUUAGAUCCCGCGGAUGAUUCUUUUAAAAAAAUCGUUACAAACUAUGCCGCAAAUUUAGAGACGGGAAGUCAAUUUAGGUGUGACUAAAGGGAUUAGCAUUAAGAUUGAUCGAAUAAGGCACUAUAAAAGAUUUAAGAUAAAUUUGAUGAAAGGUUGAUCGUUUAGAAUGAAACAAAGAUGAAACACAAAUGAAAACGAGUGUAAACUAGGAGCUGUGAAAUUACUGUAGGUAACAUUGGUAGGAUUGAACAGUGUCGUGGAGUGAAUGAAUAAGGUGCAUAUGAAAUGUGUUCGAAGUUGUUGAUUAUUAGGAAAAAUUACCACUAGUGGAUAAUGCAUAGGUCAGAAAUAGGCGAACCAGAGCUUCUCGUUUGUUCUGGAGAACACUAUCGUGUAGCGGUCGUUUCCAUUUUCUUAUCUGCUGAGUACGCAUGCAACCAAAACACUAGUGUGCUUUGGUUGGUAAGUACCGUCGAGUGAGAAUUUAGAGAGUUUGCUUUAGACAAAGGCGUUCCUUUCCUCGUGUUAUUUUUUUCGCGUAUGUAUAGAUUGAGCAAUGAUCGCCAAAACAAGUUUUGUGUGGUUUUUUACUUGAAUUAGAAGAUAGGUUGUUGGUCAUGUCGCCACUACACUCCACUAAUACUAGCCAUACGUAUAUGUUGUAUAGUGGUUCUAUUAAAGGUAGACUAUGUAUAAAACUAUAGGCUUGGUUUCCCAAUGAAAAUAAAUCAUAGGAAGUUGGAUUAGUUGGUUUGGAAAAAAGAACCGUAGUAUUUGUCGCACUUUAACAAAAUUUGAAUUGAAUAAAAUUGAUCGCAAAUUUACUAAUUUGGCAACACUGUACUUUAAAAUUAUAUAUUUAGCACACUAACUGGGAAAGCUACAUCUAAAAGAUUGUGAGAAAAGCAACGGAAAGCAAACAUAUCGUGUACAACAGAACAGAAAACAAAAUGACGAGAUGCAACCGAAUCUAACAGAUUAACUUAUUUUUAUCAGAGACACAAAAAAGCAAAGGUACAACCAAAAGCAAUGUUUCCAAUCCCCCAAACAUGAAGGAUAGUCCAAGCGAACAAAUCAAGCAUGCGUCAACCGUUGUAUUUUCCCCCUAGAUGACAUCGGCUUGCUGUUCCAAACAAUGGGUGUACAAAUUGUAUGUUUAUUUGACUAACACAAUAAACACAAAACAAAAGGCACAUGCACGCACUCACAAACUCAAUACUAAAAAAAUCUCUGUCAAUUAGACUAUGAGCUGUUUUCAUGCUGUGUACUGAAUAUUGAAAAAUAUCUACCUAUGGAUCAUCAAUAACCGCCCUGAUGCACCUUCCCUAUUUGGCGAUGCAAAAUAAAUGCCACGAUUACGAUAGGAAUGGACAUGAACUUGGUAUGGCGAUUUGCUAACUAUAACUAGGGACGAAUAAAUAAAUGAAUUUAUAUAAAAA